GAAUGUGAGUGCGGUACAUUUUCCGUUGACGCUACUGUCCCCCCAGGUCAUUGCUCGAUAUUGUUUGGUAUUGUCCAUCGACUAAAAAAUGACCACAGCCGGGAGACCAACAUGGGAUACUGCUAAAGGUAGUAGAGGAAAGUGGGAAGGUGAUUUAAGUGCUUUGUCUAAGCAGUACUCUGUUCGUGACUUACCGGCACAUACGAAAUUGAAAUUGCGUCAAGAAGGACAAGGAAGACCUGAAGAUAUUCAAGGAAAAGAUUUUAAACGUGCUUUGGAAGAAAAAGAGAAACGAUUAGCUCAAGAAAAGUCGGGGAGGCCCUCAAUAAAUUCCACUAGUCAACAACCAGCAAUUACCAGUGCCAAACGACCAAGUUCUGCUGCUGUCGCGCCAACUAUUGAUAGUAGUACUAUAGGUAGUAUAAAACGUACACGACCUGAAACAACCACUGCUGUGUCAACAACUAAUUUAGACGCUGAUGAUCCGUGGGAUGAGGAUUAUGAUGAAGAUCAAGAAGAUGUAAUUAUCCCUAAAAAGUCGAAUCAUAAUAAAAGUAAGAAUUCAACUGGAGAUAAAUUUGAUGAUGAUAAUCAAAACGAUGAUGAUGACGAUGAAGAUGCUGACAAUGAUGAUGUCGACGACGAUGAUGAAGAAGAUGAAGAAAUGCUCCUAGCCGAAUUGGCUAAAAUUAAACGUGAACGAGCUGAAGAAGCAGCCCGUUUGGCUGCUGAAAGGAAAGCAGCUGAAGAAACUAUUCGUAUGGAAAAUAUCUUGAAAGGAAAUCCUCUUUUAAAUUCAUCUAAUUCUUCAGAAUUUAAAGUCAAAAGAAGAUGGGAUGAUGAUGUUGUAUUUAAAAAUUGUGCUCGAGGUGAAGUCGAUCAUGUAAAACGUGGAUUCGUAAAUGAUACACUACGAUCUGAAUUUCAUAAAAAAUUUAUGAAAAAAUAUAUCCAAUAAUGCACAUGUACAUUGUCUUCCCUCAAUAAUACUUUAUUUCCUGUAAAUAAAUAAUUACUUUAAACAAUCCUAUGUUAACUUAUUUGUAUCCAAAAGUGUCUCGAUAUGUAGUGUAUUAAAACUUUAUAAUAAAAAUUGCUUCCAAAAACAUGAAUAAAUUUCAAUCUAGAAACAUCA